AUGGGAGCCGAGCAGUCGGCCCCGCGGGGCACCGGCAACCAAGCCACAGCCGCCGCUGCACGCAAGACAUGCUACUACGAGCUGCUGGGCGUUGAUCGCGAGGCGCCCGAUGAAGAGAUCCGCAGGGCGUACAAGAAAAAGGCUCUGGAACUCCAUCCGGAUCGCAACCUCAACGAUGUCGAGAAUGCCACACGGAGAUUUGCAGAGGUGCAGACCGCCUACGAAAUCCUGUCUGAUCCCCAGGAGCGAGCCUGGUACGACACGCACCGCGAUGCCAUUCUUAGCGGUGAGGACGACGUCGCCGGCGCCGCCGCUUCUGCCGAGCAGUCUCGCAGCGGUCACACCUCGGCCCAUGCCAUUUUCGCCCUGAUGGGCCGUUUUAGUUCGACCGUGCCAAUGGACGACAGCCCCCGAGGCUUCUUCAGCAUUCUCAACGAAUUCUUCGACCAGCUUGCCGCCGAGGAAAGGGCUGCGUGCGAGUGGGCUGGCGUGCCCCCUACAGAUUACCCGCCCUUUGGCCGAUCCACGGACGACUACAACGACGUCGCGAGGCCUUUUUACAAUGUGUGGGCGGGCUUUUCAACAAAGAAGUCGUUCAGCUGGAGGGAUAAGUAUCGCCUCCAGGAUGCGCCAGACCGCCGGAUCCGCCGCCUGAUGGAGAAGGAGAACAAGAAGUUCCGGGAGGAUGGCAUUCGGGAAUUCAACGACGCUGUCCAGUCUCUAGUCGCCUUUGUCAAGAAGCGGGAUCCGCGCUAUGUACCCAAUAAGCAGUCUGAGGCCAAGAGGCAGCAAGUACUGCGGAACUCGGCCGCAGCCCAGGCAGCACGGUCACGGGCCGCCAACCAGGAGAAGCUCGCCGAGUAUGUCGUGCCUGUGUGGGCGCAGACCCGAGACGACGAGGAGCAAAACGAUGAGUUUGCCGAGUCGGAAGAGGAUUCCGAGGUCGAACAGAUUGAGUGCGUCGUGUGCAACAAGACGUUCAAGAGUGAGAAGCAAUUUGAGGCGCAUGAGAAGAGCAAGAAGCACGUCAAAGCGGUGCAGCAGAUACAGAGACAGAUGAGGAAGGAGAACGCCAGUCUUGACCUCCAAGACGCAGAAACUGCUGCCUCGCCGUCACUGUCCGCGCCUCAAGACCGUGAAAAUACGGAAGACGUCAAGUCUGUGGGCUCUGACACACAUCGACAAGGCAACGACGUGGAGAGGCUGGAAGCUGACGCUCAGUUGCCGGCCAGGAGCGAUGGCAUUGACCAGGGCACGCAGUCUCCGUCCGACACCGAGGAUGAUGAGUAUGCUCCACGCUCGGCAGUCGAGGAGCGCAUCCUGAACGGGAAAGGCAAACGCACGACGGCGGAAUAUGCAGAACCAGGCGAGGAUAUUGACGCUACGGAUUCUGCAGCUGCCAGCACCGAAGGCAAGGGAGACAACAAGAAGGUAGGCAAAGCAAAAUUGAGACGGGAGAAGAAGGCUGCCCGCCAAGCCGCCGAAGCCAAAACAUCGGACUCCCAUAAAUGCGCCGUCUGCAAGGAGACUUUCACGUCCCGAACCAAACUGUUUGCCCACAUCAAGGACCUCGAUCACGCUGCUCCCGUGCCCAACGCAAAGGCGGGCAAGAAAACUAGGCGGUGA